CGCAUUAUCUUCUUCCUUACUGCAGUCCUGAGAUCGGUCAAUCUCUUUUUACUCACAACAUUAAGCUGAAUAUUUUUUAUGAAAAUAUUUUUUGGGUCAACAUUUGAUUUGAUGGAUAUUGUUUAAUCGUAAUAAUCAUUAUUAUGUAGUUCCGCUGAUUUAUAAUGAUUUCCUUCUGGAUCGAGCUCGGAAAUGGAGAUUAAUGAAGCUUCUGAGUGGAGGAUAUGACGAGGGGAUCCUUGCAUCUCAGCUGACAAAGAGAUACGUGCUUAGGGUGGUUUAGUAAUUCUAUUGUCUGCUCAUACAUGGUCUGGUUAUUUUUUGACCGCAUAUCCAGUGAUUUAUGGCUGCCUUGGGCUGAGUUUUAUUGUCUAGAUUGGGGUUCUGAAAGAUGUAUGGUGUGAUGUUUCCAGUGAAUGAGGGCAGGUUAUAACCAUUGUGAUCUUGGAUAUUCCUAAAUAUCAGUUUUCUAUCAUCUGAAUGACAAGGGACGCCCUCAUGAGCAUUGAUGGUGAUGAUAAAGAAUUUCAUGAAUUGGCUCAGCGUCUACGAGAUGGUGAAAAAACGACCAAAGAGGGAGUUGCUGGUGACGAACAUAGUUUUCGUGAGGAUGAUGAGUUAAAAAGUAAUGGAAAAGCUGAAGAAGUUAAAGUGGGACAAGAUGGGAUUGUGGAAGCCCCAGGAAUUCAGCACAUGCCACAACAACAGCCUCAAGGGGCAAUUUGGGAGAGAUUCCUACAUCUCAGAUCCCUCAAGGUCUUGCUUGUGGAGAUUGAUGACUCUACUCGACAUGUUGUCGCAGCACUGCUACGCAAUUGUAGUUAUGAAGUUAUUGAAGCAGCAAACGGAUUGCAAGCAUGGAAGAUCUUGGAGGAUCUGACCAGUCAAAUAGAUCUUGUCUUGACUGAGGUGGCAAUGCCUUGCUUAUCAGGCAUUGGCCUUCUGUCUAAAAUUAUGGGCCACAAAACACGGAAAAACAUUCCCGUAAUUAUGAUGUCAUCUCAUGACUCUAUGGGUUUAGUCUUUAAGUGUUUGUCAAAGGGUGCUGUUGACUUUCUAGUGAAACCUAUACGGAAGAAUGAGCUUAAAAACUUGUGGCAGCAUGUGUGGAGAAGAUGUCAUAGUUCAAGUGGCAGUGGAAGUGAAAGUGGCACACAAACUCAGAAAUCCUUUAAAUCAAAGAGUCUUGAGAAGUUUGAUAACAAUAGUGGCAGCAACGAUGAAGAAGACAAUGGUAGUGUGGGUCUAAAUAACGUGGAUGGAAGUGACAAUGGUAGUGGUACUCAGAGCUCAUGGACCAAACAAGCUGUAGAAGUUGACAGUCCCAAACCAUCCCAGUGGGAUCAUAUAGCUGAGUGCCCUGAUAGCACCUGUGCUCAAGAAGUUCUCUCAAAUGCUGAUAGUGGAAACAAGAUGUUUUCUGUAGCCAUAAAGGAGUGUCCAGAUCAGAAGGAUCAGCUUGGUAAGAGUAAAAUUAGGGAUCUCGGCUUGAUUCUUGACUAUAGAAAUGAGGUCAUGGCCAAUACUUUGGGCGAAAAGCAUAGCAACCCACUUGAUAUAGGCUCCUCUAAAUUCAAUGGGCAACUUAAUAGAGGACAGCUGGAACUUCACUGUGAAGAUCCUUCUAGCAAGUUGAGAUGCAAAGGUCCAUUUCAAUCUGAUGCUGUUACUAGUACGCACAAUUUGCGCAUUCAUGGUGGAGAAUUUGAAGUCUCAAAUAGAAGGACCAAGCCCUCGGAUACUGAAAGCAAAGCUAUCAAUGAUGAUGGAGAAUUGCCGUCACUUGAGCUCAGUUUAAAGAGACUUAGAGGAGUUAAAGAUGCUGGUAUUACAAUUCAGGAUGAGCGGAAUGUUUUAAGACGUUCAGACCUUUCAGCCUUUUCAAGGUACAAUGCGGCUUCUAAUGCAAAGAAAUCUCCUGGUGGUUGUGCUGGAAGCAAUUCUCCCCAUAAUAAUAGCUUAGAAGUUACAAAGAAAGAUUCAUCACGUGACAUCCAGUCUCAUUCUAGUGGAAAUCCUCCUAACCAGAACUCGAAUGGUGCCAGUAAUAACAUUGACAUGGGCUCCACGACUGAUAAUGCCUUCACUAAAUCUGCUGUUAUGAGCAAGACAACAGUGGCUUCACCAACUAAAUGUUUGUAUCAAUCUUCUGCCUUCGAGCCUAUAAAAAACAACUUUAUGUGUGCCUCUCAACAAGUUGCAGUACAUAAUACUGAAGAUACGACAGCCUCAACUAUGCUAGAACCACCUAGAGGAGGUAUACACAAGGACUCUCCAACACAGGACUUCCAUGGCAUAUACAAAAACCAUAGGUGCAUCGUUAAUAACAUGCAGCACCAGCUACCUCCGGACCAUGAUGAUGCCUCAUCAAAGAAAAUUGCUGCCACAGCUCCACAUUGUGGGUCAUCAGAUGUAGUUGAAAUGGUUGAAGGUAAUGUUGGAAAUUAUAGCAUCAAUAGAAGUGUGUCGGGAAGCAACAAUGCAAGCAACGGACAAAAUGGGAGCAGCACCGCAGUCAAUGCUGGAGGGAUAAACAUAAACAUAGAAAAUAGCAUUGGAAUUGCUGGGAAUUGUCGAGGUGGUGUUGCUAGUGGGAGUGGGAGUGCUAACAGAAUAGAUCAGAAGACUUCUCAAAGAGAAGCAGCCUUAACUAAAUUUCGCCAGAAGAGGAAAGAGAGGUGCUUCCGGAAAAAGGUUCGAUAUCAAAGCAGAAAGAAACUAGCUGAACAACGACCUCGCUUUCGUGGACAAUUUGUUCGACAGGCCUCCAACAAAAGUACAAGUGAGACAGAUGGGGCAACUGAUAGCUGAUUCAGAGCACUUGUGCGAAUGACAUAAUCAUGAGUGUAGUAGGAUUCUUCAAGCAGAAUGUGAGAAUUGUUUGUCUGCGUCUGUAUUGUGUCAAUGUAAAAUGGACUCUAGCUUUUCCAACUUGUUCAUUCGAUACACCUUUAAAUCAAUCUAUGGUGUCAUUGAUUUUAUAGAAGUUGUUGUUGUGCUAUUUGGACGCUCGGAAAACUCAUUUGGCGACUGCACGUUUGCUAGUCCUUGUUUGAUAUUAUACUGGAACAAUCAAAUGCCUGUCUUCCAUUCA